AUGCACAGCACGCUGCUCCGGUCCUCCCCUACAAAACACACAUUCGUGUCCGAGCACCAUGGCCCGCUCCAGCCGCUUUCACUGAGAGACAUGGAAGCCAAACAGCACCCGAUAAAGAGCCUAAAAAGCUACCCGGAGACCGGUGGCCGGAGCCUGGCAGCGGCCGCCGGAGGCGACGGCGGCGGGUAUCGAGCCGGCUCGGCUGAAAUGGAGAUGGAGGCGAAGAUCCAGAAAGCCAUCGACUUCAAGGCGGAGGGUCACCGCUGCUAUAAGGAGAAGAAAUUUCGGGAAGCGAUCGGCAAGUACCACCGGGCGCUGCUGCAACUCAAAGGGGUUCAUGUUGUUGACGGGACGACGGGCUCCGAGGUCAACCUGCUGAACCAAGCCGCGGCCAAGCUGACCGAGGAGCAGCGGAGAGCCGUGGAGAGCACCGAGAUUGAGUGCUACGACAGCCUGACAGCGUGUCUGCUGCAGUCAGAGCUGGUAAACUAUGAGAGAGUGAAGGAGUACUGUCUGAAGGUGCUGAGCCACCAGAGAGACCACUUCAAGGCCAUGUACCGAGCCGGCAUCGCCUUCUAUCACCUGGGUGACUACGAAUGUGCCCUGCGCUACCUGCGUGAUGCAAAGAACCGCGAGCCCACAGACACCAACGUGCUGCGGUACAUCCAGCUGACAGAGAUGAAGAUGAGCAAGAGUGGACAGCGGGAACGAGAGAGCGGCAAAGAGACCCAGGGCUAACCCUCGACCUUUUCACCCUCCUGACCCCUC